UCAAACUUAGCAUUGAAACAUCUAUAGAUAGGGGUUUAGGGUUUAAGGCAGUACCCCUCCAACAAAGGCGCACUUUUGCAACCUCUGUUUGCCUGUUUUCUCUUUUUUUUUUUCCAGAGAAGAGAAGAUGAUGGGCGCUAACACAGGGAAGAAACAGAAAGUGGAUGAAGAAAAUAGCAACAUCAUUGACAAAUUGCAAGAAAUACAAGACGAGCUUGAGAAGAUCAAUGAGGAAGCAAGUGAUAAAGUAUUGAAAGUGGAACAGGAGUAUAGUGAGAUCCGCAAGCCUGUCUAUGAUAAACGAAACGACAUCAUUAAAGCUAUCCCGGACUUUUGGUUAUCUGCUUUUUUGGCUCAUCCUGUCCUAGGUACACUUCUAAAUGAAGAAGACCUAAAGAUCUUCAAGUUUCUAAGUUCUAUUGAAGUUGAAGACUCUAAAGAUGUGAAGUCAGGCUACUCGAUAACCUUUAACUUCAAUGCGAAUCCUUAUUUUGGAAAUAAUAAGCUCUCAAAGACCUAUACCUUCCUUGAAGAUGGACCCACAAAGAUUUCUGGUACGACAAUAAAAUGGGAAAAAGGCAUGGGCAUUCCUAAUGUAGUUGCACAAAAGAAGAAAGGAAAAAAGCGAUAUCGUGAUAAGGAAAGCUUUUUUACAUGGUUCAGCGAAGUCACUCAAAAAGAUGAUGAGGAUGAGGCUCUAGAGAUUCAGGAUGAGGUUGCUGACAUAAUUAAGGAUGACUUGUGGCCGAACCCGCUCAAUUAUUUUGAAUAUGACCCUGAUGAAGAAGAUUUUGAUAGUGAUGAGGGAAAGGACAGUGACAGCUCAGAGGAGGAUGAGUUUAUUGAAUGAUGUGUCUUAUUGAAGAUAGUUUAAUCAUCAGAAAAACUGUGGUGACUAUACCCCCCCCCCCCCC